GCCUUGCUCAUUUCUCUCUACGCGGCCAGAACACGCACAUUUCGCCGACCCCCGCUUGAUUGAGAGGCGUUUAUUUAAAUAAAGAGACAGCCCCGAUCAGACCGUAAGUACGCCCGCUACUGGUGCUGUAUACACACAACGUGGUCGUUUCUAGAAACGUCAACGAUUUGAGGCGAACAAUUACAAGAGUCGCCCACUACCACCACCACCACCACCACGUCUACUGUUUAUUCUCCAAUCUCUCAAGUCUUUCUUUUUUUCGAAUUCGCGUUCUCACCCACCUCAUAAUAUGCGCGCCGCCACGGAUCUAUACGAACACCCCGCCCUCACCUCUUCAGAAGUAUGGGGAAGCUCGGACCAGACGUGCUCAGACAAGACACGCGUUUUUUCGGUGCUUGGCGCAUUGUCGCUUGCUGCUGCUGCGUCGUCUGUAGCGGUGUAUCAGUAUUCGGGAGUUGUCACUAAAUCGAUACAGGGGAGUCAUCUAUUGAGGAAUCUGCUAUAGCACUGGCAGCGGCUUUGCCAUAUCAUCCAUCACGUUCUAUUUCUCCUCUUUUCGACCUGUAUUUCUCGCCCAUCUGAGACGUAGUUAUCUGUUGUUGUAAUUGUUGUACCCGUGUAACCUCCUCUCUCAUUGAACGCACUUCAAGCUCCGAGCAGCGCCACCAACUC